AUGCAGGUCUGGUCACGGCCGGAAUAUGCAACCUGUGCAUUGCAGCCUCUUUGGCCGAGUUUUUGUCCGCCUAUCCGACGGCUGGGGGACAGUAUCAUUGGGUGGCUGUAUCUUGGCCUAAAUGGGUUCCUAUACUGUCGUGCAUCACCGGCUGGAUCAAUGUCGCAGGAUGGACUAAUUGAGUCGGUGCCAGAUUGCCCUGGUAGCUACAAACGCUUUAUUGUCCAGCCAGUUGAUUGUGGGAAUCGUUUCCGCUCUUCGUCCGGGCCCGAUGAACCGGCUGACAGCAAUACGACGCAGGAUGCGGUUGCACACAUGAUUGAAGAGAUCCCCCAUGCUGCUUCUGAGGGACCUAAAAUCAUGGUCGUCUGUGUCGGAAUCGGCACACUCACUGGCGCAAUCUUCCUCAUUGUCUUGUUGUUCGUCUCCGGAAACAUCGACGACGUUAUCGGCUCCAGCGCUGGUCCGCUUCUUCAGAUCUUGAUUCAUGCGACAAAAAGCAACGCCGGAGCCAUAUGUUCUCUGAGUAAGCGUUCAACAAGUCGUCAUGGCACCGAUUUGUGCUCAUCUUUCCCAGGCUACCGCUGCCGAAUGAUCUUUGCGUUUGCAAGUGCCUUUAAUGCCAUCAUCUCGGCAUCAGUUGUUGCCCUUGAUCUAUCGGUUGCAAUGCUCUGCCGGACCGAAAGUGGAAGCUACCAGGGUGGUUCGGAUAGACUGCUAACUGCAUUUCACUUUCAUACAUCCCACUUACCACGGAAUCGUUUCUAUUCCCUCCCGGACUUCCUGUAA